AUGGCACCCGCCGUCGGUCUCUCGAGAAACACUUUUGCCAAGGUCUCCCCUCAUCCUUAUUUGCUCGCCAAUCUCGACCCGCCCGUGGGGACUACCCACGCUCCUUCUCGCAGCAAUGGGCGCUCGCCAAACCAAGUCCGCACACCCUCUGUCAACCUAGCCAGCUUGAGCCAUGCCCACGGCAGCGCCGUCGUACGCAUGGGGGACACCACAGUGAUCUGUGGUGUGCGAGGCGAGACCAUUCUCACGUCGCAAAUCCCCAACUAUCGCGCCGACAACACCGAGACCGAGCUCAAGGACUACGACCUACUCGUGCCCAACAUCGAGCUCGCUACAGGAUCAGCGCCCCAAUUCAUGCCCGGCGGCCCUCCGACAACUCUUGCACAGACACUGAGCACACGCGUGUACUCCCUCUUGCACAGCUCCAAGAUCCUGAACCCAGAUGAUCUACGGAUAUGGUACGACAGACCGAGCGAUGCGAUCCCAGUCGAUGACGAUGCCAUGGAUCAGGAUCAACCGACGGAGCGGGUGGUUGUGGCAUACUGGGUGCUGUACAUUGACAUUUACUUCAUCUCGUUCGACGGAAACCCGUUUGACGCUGCAUGGGCGGCUACACUGGCCGCACUGAAAGACACCAAGGUCCCACAAGCACGCUUCGACCCAGACAAGGAGGCCGUCGUCUGCUCAAGGAGGAGUCCGAGGCCACUGAGCAUCACAGGCAACCCGAUUGCCUGCACAGCGGUGGUAUUUACUGGAAGAGAAACGGAUCGGCCCACAGAGGGACGGUAUUGGUUAUUGGUCGACCCUGAUGCCUCGGAAGAGGCACUGUGCGAUGAGAGUUUGACCAUUGUGGUGGAUUGUACUGAUGGUGUCACCAAGUUCGUCACAAUGUCGAAGCACGGUGGAGCUAACCUGUCCAGCAAGAUUCUCACCUCAAAGGACAUGCUACAGUGGACGUCGGCAAGGUGGAAGGGCUUUGCAGACGCCAUAGCAGCAGGGCAGUCAUAG